AUGUAUAUGCCGUUUCCAUCGAUGUAUAUGCCAUAUAAUUAUCCACCGUAUUAUUAUGGAAAUAUGAAUUCGAAUCCCUAUAUGAGUCAACCACAUCAACAAUAUCAGUACUAUCCUCCUCAUCCUCAGCAGCCUUACCUUCCAUUACCUCCACUUUCACAGCAACAACAACAACAAUAUCAGUCGCAAUAUGGACCACCGUACUUAUUCCCGCCUCAAAGACCACCUUUACUUUAUCAGACUCCUCCUCCUCCUCCGCCUCCACUAUCAUCACAGCAAAACGAAUCACCACGAAAUACUGAUUUAAAUAUUCGAGAAUGUGAGUCGCCAAAAAGUACGACAAGCACAAUAGUACCAUUGACAGUAUUACCAAAUCACAGUCAUUCACAAUCAUCGGGAGUCGAUCUUGAGGACAAAUCAAUGAAAUUCAUUCAGAAAACGCUAAACAUUGCGUUUAAUAAUAUGAGUAAUAGUACUAGUAAUAUUGAUGAUUUGCUAUCAACAGCAUUAGAAAAGCUUGAUAUAAAGCACAAUAUGUCUACUAGUUUGUCGUCAACAAAAACUGGGAUUGUUCUCGCCAAAAAUUCUCAAUAUUUAACAAAUCGUUCGACACAAACAAUUUCUCACGAUAAUAAUGAUUUAUUGUUAGAAUAUGCUGCAAAAUGUUGUAAAAGUGUUCAAAAUUUAUUAGAAAAUUACACAUGUUUAUUAAAGGAAGGAUUAUCUAUUACAGAUUCAUUAAAACGUUUGGCAGCAACUGGUGAUGCUUUGUAUCAUACAUCAACAAUGCUAAAUCAUCUUAUAAGAACGCGGGAAAAUUUAAAUAUUAUAGAGGAAAAUUUCGGUACAGAUAUACCAUUCAGCACGGAAUUAAUUAAUGAAUAUCGCCUGAGAAAACAGAGUAAAACUCCAAUUACAACAGCAACAAUAUUACCACAUCUGGCUAAGACAUCGGUGAACGUUAUUAAAUCUUCUUUGGUACCUACAAUCUCACAAACACCUCAACAAUCAAUCACACAUUCAUCUCUUUCUUAUGAAUCAAGAGAGUCAGAGCUAAAACAUAUAUCAUUUUCACUUAGAGAAAUUUAUCCACCAUCAUCAAAAUAA